UAGAAAAUAUGACAUGAAAAGAUCUUUGAAACUGCUGAAGAAUUAUUAUGAAGUGAGAAUACAGUAUCCUCAGUACUUUAAAGAUCUACUUCCUUCUAAAUUGAAACAUGUUUUAUCACUGAAUGGUAUUCAAAUCUUACCAAAACCAGAUAGUAAAGGAAGAUUUAUUUCUUUUAGUCAAUUCAAAUUUUAUAAGCGCAAUGGAGAUUAAAGAUUCAAUAUUUCCGAAAGAAAAAGAAGAGGAAUUUCCUUGGGAUGAUAAAGCACUUCAAGCAUUCAAAAAGGUUAUAAGAGAUCAAGGGAUAAAAUGUCGCAUGGAUGAUAUCUUUCUUCUUGGAAUUCUUCGUGCUAGAAAAUAUGACAUGCAAAGAUCUUUGAAAAUGCUGAAGAAUUAUUAUGAAGUCAGAAUAGAGUAUUCUCAGUAUUUUAAGGAUCUUCUUCCUUCUAAAUUGGAACAUGUUUUGUCUCUGAAUUUUAUUCAAAUUUUACCAAAACCAGAUAGUAAAGGAAGAUUUAUUUAUUUUUGUCAAAACAGUAAAUGGGAUACUUCUGUUGCAAAUAUGACAGAUGCAUUUCGUACAACAAUGCUUAUCUUCGACUUGAUGUUAAAUUUUCAUCGAACUCAAGAGAAUUGUAUGGUUGUGAUUGUGGAUGCUAGUGGUAUAACACUAUCACAUUUUCUGCAGAUGUCACCAAGUUUUUUUAAUUCAAUACUGAACGUUUUAUUGAAAGAUACUUAUCCGCUUCGAUACAAGGAAACACAUUAUGUCAACAUGAAUAUUAUAACAAAAGCAAUUUUAACUAUGAUGAUUCCUCUUAUGCCAACUAAACUCAAGGAAAGAUUGCAUUUUCAUUCUGACAUGUCUACUUUGCACGAAUUUAUCCAUCCGGAUUAUUUGCCUUUGGAAUUGGGAGGGAAUUUGCCUUCCGAUGAGAGUGAAUUCAAUAAUAUGAUUAGAGCCAAUGAAGAAUUCUUUCGCAAAAACGAAGAAUAUUUGAGAUUGUACGAAGAGGAAAGAAAUAAGCACUUCAGUCAAGGCAAAUUUACGUAUAUUGGUGAAGAUUUUGAAGACGAAAAAGUUAAGAAGUUUCUAGAGAAAUCGGAAGAAAAAUUUAAAUGUUAUUCCGAUGAUCCAGAAGCAUUUAUGGCUUCUCUGAAACAAGAUUCAGAAUUGGAAAUUACACAUUUUUGAAUAAUAUACAAUUAUAUUGUUUUAGGUUAUGUUAUUAUUUACGAGAAAAGAAACUAAACGUGCAAAUUUAUUAAAUUUAACAUGCAUUUUCUGUCAUUUAAAUAUUAUAUACUGAAAUGAAGGUUCGUCUUCAACCUUCAUUUCAAAACGGAAUAUUUAGGGAAAAAAAGCGUC